GACUGAGGAAAGAACCUGACGUACGCAGUACAGUCGUAAACCCUGCACAACAUCACAAAAAUGAAAAGUCUAAUGCAGAUCUCCGCGCUUGUUGUUAUAGCGACAUGUCACCUAACCAGCGCUAUGCCGCAAAAGCAAAACAGAAGUUAUAGAACAGAAGAUAAUAAGGGCAACUAUGCGUUCGGAUACGCUAUCAACGAGGGUGCUUCAUCAUUCCAUGAGGAAUCGGGCAGUCCCGGAAUGAAGCUCGGCGCGUAUGGUGUCACAGAAGCCGACGGCACUCAGCGAGUAGUUAACUACAUUGCCGAUGAGAAUGGAUUCCGAGCAUCCGUUGAAGUCAAGGAUCAGGAUCCACAUCAGGUUACUCCUGGACAUCACACAGUACUCGUGGCCCAGGCACAACCGGUUGCCGUGUCGGCUGCUUCCCUCGGGGCGACAUCGUCGGCUCCAGUCGCGACCGAAGCUCCUGCAAAGACUGUUGAGAAGAAGAUUGCGGUUCGUCGUAUUGAUGAAGCACUAUCGAAUCAUCAGAAAGAUGAAGAUUCAGAUGUCAAGGAGGUAGAAUCUACUUCGCAGACCGCGCCCGUUUCAUUGCCGUCUGGAUCCUCGGAUCCAGCAAUGCCGCUGCUCGUUGAGCCGAUCAUUAAUGCCAGCGAUAAUGGAAUGAUGGCUCAAUAUUCGAUAGUAUCUCAGCAUUUGCCACUCCAGGUGACGCCACCUCGAUCUCAGGACCUUCUCGCAGCUGUUUUUUUUGUACCUCUGCCAACGCAGCAUAUGGCCGCGUACAGUGGUGUCCAUAGCUACUCCGUUAACGGGUUGGUUCCGGUACCUGUAGUUCCUUUGCAGGACAGUGCGCCUUCAGCUUCCAGCCCUCAGCUUACCGUUUCUGGCAAAGUGCCAUCAUUUCCAGCGGUAAAAAUACAGCCGCACCGUUUUCGUGCCCAGAUUCCACAAAUUUCUCCAUUUCAACAAGUGGCAACACUUACCAGCACACGCGCACAGAUCCAGCCCUAUAUUCCUGUAUUUAUUUAAAAUAACUCAGUGUUUAUAGAUACUGCUGAUGGACAGAUCAUGUGAAAAAAGUUAAACGCAUAAGACAGCACUUCUCAUGCCUCUAAACCACCGUAUGGUGGGAUUAUGUAUAAAAUGGUUAUAAACGGCUAAAUUAAUAAAAAUUUUAUAUACAACACAUAAUUUAUGUUCUCCUAUGAUAUGUAAGGGAAAUUUUCGUACAUAGGUAAGAUAGUUAGGCAGGAGCGGCCGCUUUUAAAAGUACGAUUUCACUGCCCUUAGUGCUGCAUACAUACAUUCAAAAGGAACUCAAGACUAAGACAAAUGAAGGUUGUGCACUAAACUUGACAUUUGCAAUGUAGGAAAUAAAAGAGAAGUGUUUCAACAAAUAAACAGUGGUUAUUAAGAUAGGCAACAAAUAAGAAAAAUUAGUUCGCUCCUAAUCAGAAACUGGACCGGACAUACCAUCAUAUGAUUGAAUGAAUCUGAACGGAUUAUAGAAGGUACAUAGAAUCUUAAUUGCAAAGCUUUUAAGGGGCCUUUAAAAACUGGUAUUACAAAGCACAUCUUUUACUACGACUUAGUGGCCAGUAAUGCACUCUAAGGAUACGUCUGUUCAUUUUAAACAGCCGCUGUGGGCUAAUAUAGCUUUGCAUUGUUAAAGUA